ACGUGGCUGUUUCAUAAGGAUGUAAAGUAGUUAACCAAACUUCUGGCGGGUGGACUGCGUAACUCCACAGUCCAUGGCCACCUUCCUCUCUAAAACUUCCAUUUUCCACACUUUCUCUUUCUCUCUUCCCAAAUCCUGCACGCCAAUUUUCCCCUUCAAUAAAACCCACUCAUUAUCAUUUUCUGUCAGAGCAAACAAGAUGGAAGAAAGCGAAAUUAAGGAGGAUGGAGAAGUGGGAGUAAGUAAUACCCAGAAGAAGAUAUUUGUUGCAGGAGCAACUGGAAACACUGGUAAAAGAAUUGUUGAGCAAUUAUUGGCUAAGGGAUUUUCUGUUAAGGCUGGUGUUCGUGAUAUUGACAAGGCUAAAACUGUCUUUUCUACUAAUCCUGCCCUUCAGAUUGUGAAAGCAGAUGUUACUGAUGGUUCAGAUAAGCUAGCUGAAGCCAUAAGUGAUGACUCGGACGCUUUAAUAUGUGCAACUGGCUUUCAACGCUCAUGGGAUCCGUUGGCUCCUUGGAAGGUGGAUUAUUUUGGUACUGUCAAUCUUAUUGAAGCAUGUCGCAAGCGUGGUAUCAAAAGAUUCAUUCUGAUCAGUUCCAUUUUAGUUAAUGGUGCUGCAAUGGGGCAGUUGCUUAAUCCAGCCUACAUCUUUCUUAAUGUAUUUGGACUUGUAUUAGUUGCAAAACUACAAGCUGAGAAUUAUAUUAGGAAAUCUGGUAUAAACUACACUAUUGUACGUCCUGGUGGGUUGAAAAAUGAUCCUCCUUCUGGAAAUAUAAUUAUGGACCCAGAGGACACUCUUUCGGGAGGCAGUAUAUCAAGGGAUCAAGUUGCCGAAGUUGCUGUUGAGGCAUUGAAUCAUACCGAGGCUUCUUUCAAAGUAGUAGAGAUAAUUGCAAGUCCUGAUGCUCCUAAGCGGUCAUUUGAAGAAUUAUUUGGUGCUAUCAAGCAGCGGUGAUUUAUUGUCAUUUCUUGAAAAUGGUGUGUCAAGUUUGAUAAUACGUACAAAAGUUUGCCAUUUUUUGUUUAGAGUGAACUUCCUCAAUCACCCAACUAUAUAUAUUGGCUGACAACAAUCAGUUUAGCUGUG